CACUCUUCCUGAUAGAUAUCCCUUCAUGUACUAUACAACUUAAAAACAAGAAUCGAAAGACAAAACAUACAGCAGAAAACAAUGGGGACCGAAACCGCUUCAAUGUCCUCUCUAGCGUCACGCAUAUGCAAUCACAUGGCCUCCAUCUUUGCCAAACCCACUGGCCCCCACCCACCACCCUUAGACCUCAUGGUCACCACUCUCACUUCCACGGCAGCCCAAAAUGGUAGUGUCUUCCUCUAUGGGGUUGGUAGGGAGGGCCUGAUGCUCAAGGCUCUGUGCAUGAGGCUGGCUCACCUUGGCAUCUCUACCCACUUUGUCUUUGACAUGACAACCCCACCAAUCACUUCAAAUGACCUCCUCAUAGCCUCUGCUGGACCUGGAGGAUUCUCAACUGUUGAUGCCUUAUGCUCACUCGCAAGAUCGUAUGGUGCUACAGUGUUGUUGUUGACGGCUCAGCCUGAGACAGGAUCCUGUGUGAAGCAUGCUAGCGUGGUUUGUUAUCUGCCAGCACAGACCAUGGCUGAUGAUAAGGGUGAUGGCGAUGGCGGAGAGGAGAAAUCUAGGCCUUUGAUGCCAAUGGGAAGUGUUUUUGAGGGGGCCUUGUUUGUGUUCUUUGAGAUGGUUGUUUACAAGUUAGGUGAGGCUUUAGGACAGAGCCCUGAGGUCAUUCGAUCUCGCCAUACCAACCUUGAAUGAAAAAAAUGCAAAAUCACGUCAGUCCUCCCUUUCUCUGUGAAGAGUUGAUCCGCCUCCCAUGCCGGAUUAUGGAUUAGAUCAUGUCAUCUCUUCAAAGUCAUCAUCGUGUUUACGGAGCUGUACAUGGAAACUUUCCAUUAAAAUGGAUGCGCAUGCCUCCAGUCACUUCUUCUUCAAGGUUAGAGAUGUACAUGAAAACCUCACUCUGAAUUGUUGCUUCACUUUCGUUUUUAAAC